AUGAAUCAUGUUCUGUUUAGGGAAGCAACUCUGGUCAGUUCGAUGGCGGAUCUUGUUCACGACGUAAUUCCGCAGUCGGCGAAUCCACAGACAACACCGGAGAAAAUUGAAUGGGUCAGCCUGCAGAAAUGUGUCAAUGGCGAGCAAAUGAACUGCCAUAAGGAUGACCGGCAGGCACUAAUCAACGUACCUAAAAGGAAACUAGCCUGUGAAAUGAAGCUGAUUCGCUUGAUUUGUUUUUGA